AUGAGGCAAUUUUUCGGCGCCACCUUUUUUGUAUUCUUCGUAAAUUUAUACAUUCACCAAAAUAAUGUUAUGAGCAAAGAAAUUGUUAAUUUUAAAAAUACCAACUUGAGGAACGGUUGGACAGGUAAAAACAUCACCCUGCAGGGUGAUGGAAGCGGACAGAUAGAAACAGAAGGACAGGAUACCGAGACAACACAAGAAAAAAAGUACACAAGAAAAGAGGAGGAAGAUGAAAAAGCUAAAAAAGCAAAAGAAGAAGCCCUGAAGGAUCAAAAAGAAACAGAAGAUAAAGUGAAAGAAGUACUAGAUGCAGCAAAAAAAGUAGAAGAAGCAGACACAGAAAUAAAAGAUGCAAUGCAAAAAUUAAAACAAAUAGCAGAAGAAGCAAAGAAAACUGUAACAACAAAGGCAAAGGAAGUAGAAGAAAAAGCAGAUAGAGCAACAGGGGCGUCUACACUUGCUAUAACAAGUAUGCUCGCAAAGGCUGCUGAAGAGGCAAAAGGUGUUGUAAAGAAAGAAACAGAAAAGGCUAAAAAGGUAGCAGAAGCAGCACAGCAUGUUGUAAAUGCAUAUGAAGCGAAGAAGGAGGCAGAAAAAGCACAAGAAGAAGCACAAAAGGCUCAUAAAGAAACAGAUACUGCAAAUGUAUCAGUCACAAAAUUAGUGGAAGAAUCUGAAGACAAAAUAACACAAGAAGAAAUGAAAAGAUUGAUAACAGUGAAAAAAAAUGUGGAACAAGCAUUAAACAAGAUAAAGCAAGAAUUGGAAAAGAUAAAACAAGAACUGGAAAAUGCAAAACAAAAGUCAACUAAAGCUGCAACCGAAGCAGAUAAAGCAAAGACAAAGGAUGCAAUAAUAGACCAAGCAUAUGUAAAUAAUAUAGAAAAAUAUGCUAAGGAAGCAAUAGAAGCAGCGAAAAAAGCCACGAAAUCAAAGGCAGAAGUAGAGAAGAAAGCAGGAAUAGCAAAAAUGCAAGCUGGAAUAGCAGAAAUACAAGUAGGAAUAGCAAAAAUUCAAAUCGCACUGGAAGAAGCAAAAAUAGCAGCAAAGGAAGCUACAUCAGCAAAAGAAGUAACGAUUGAAUUAGCAAAAAUGGCAACAUCAGCCAAUUUGCCUAAAGACACGGCAACAGAGAAAGCAACUGAAGCAAAUAAUAAGGUACAAGAAAUAGAAGCUUUACUAAAAGAAAUAAAUAAGGUAGAAAACGUGGAGGAAGCAAAACAAAAAGUGCAAAAAGCCACCGAGCUAAAAGACGUAGCGAAGAAAGCAAAAGCAGAAGCAAAAAUAGCGGUAUCAGUUGCGCAAGUGCAUGUAGCGAAACAGGAAGCAACCAGGUUAGUACAGGUAGCUGAUGAUGAAAAAAAGAAAGCAAAAGAGGCUGUAGAAACAGCAGAGAAUGUAAAAAAGGCAGCAGAAAAGGUAUCUGAACAAGUAGAAAAUGUACCUGAAAUAAAAGAGGCUGUAAAAUCUGCAACAGAAGAAGUAGAAACUGCGAAAACGGAAGAGAAGAAUGCUGAAAUGGAAGCAAUCGAAGCAUCAGAAAAAGCAUACACAUUAGAAUAUCUGUUAUUAAUGGUAACAGAAGCAGCCAAUAAAGUAAAAGGAGCACAAGGAGAUAAAAUAACAAGUACAUUGCAAGAAGCACAAGAAAAAGCAUUACAAGCGGAUCAUAAGACACAGGAAACAUUUAAUAUAACGAAGAAAGCAAUAGAAGCUUCUAAGAAAGCACAAAAAGCAGCAGAAGUAGCAAAGGCACAAGCAGCAAAAGCAGAAGCAUAUAAAGCAGUAGAAGAUGUAAAAAAUGAGGUACAAAAAAUUAAAAGACUAGCAACAAAAUUGAAGGAAUCUGAAGCAUCAAUAGUAGAGAAAGAAGCAGCUGAAGCGGCAGGAAAGUUAGCAGAAUCUGAAGUAGAGAAAGUAACAAUUGAAGCAAAAAAAGCAAAUGAUGCAGCAGGUAAAGCAAAAGAAGCAAAUACACUAGAAAAAGCCAAAGAAGAAGCAAUCAAAGCAAUAGACGCUUCUAAAAAAGCACAAAAACAAGCAAAAAUAUCCAUACAGAAAAUAGAAUUCGAAUAUCUGAAGCUGAUAAAGCAAGACGCAUUAGAACCAUUGGACACAUCUGCAGAGGAAGGUAAUAACGUAGUCGACAACAAUGAAGAAGUGGUACAGGAAGUCGAAGAUCCGGGAAGUAAGGAAGACGAUCCUGAAGAAGAAGACGACGACAAGGACGAUGACAACGUUGAAGAAGUGGAAAACGAACUGGAAGAAGUGCUGGAAAUAGAAGAGGAGGAGGAGGAGGAAGAAGAGGAAGAAGAAGCCGACCAAUCAGAGGCGCAGGAAGGAGAGUCAGAGAGUGUAAACCAGGAAGGAAAAGAAACGGCAGGUAACCCACCCCCUAGUGACACUGCGUCUAAAGUACAAACUCCAAGUGUGCAACCCCAGGAACCGGAUAACAAACCAUUAAGUGAUAGCAAAGCCCAAGCGCUCCUCGCAGACAAGAAUAAGGAUCUUAUGGACUUAAAAAAAGAAGCUGACCAAAUAACCAAAAAUAUAAUGAACACACUUGACGGGGAUACGGGAGUCCUAGACACGCUCAAGGAUUUCGCAAAAGAUUUGAAUCAGUUCAUUCUGGACUUGUAA